AUGAAAUUAAAUUGUAAACAAAAAUUAUUAUGUCCAAAUAAUAUUACACGUUUUUCUAUUCAUAUUGAUAAGAAUAUUCAAUAUCCGAAUAUAUCUUAUAUACGUUCACCUGUUUUUGCAAUAAUACUUGAUACAAUUCGAAAUUCAUCGUAUUACACAAAUGAUUCAACAUCAGCAUGUAUACAUAUAGCACCAGUUGAUACAAUUGAUCGUGAUCGUCGAUCAAAAAAUGGUGAUUACCUAUAUUUUAUCGAACAACGUUUAAAAUUUUUUCCGGAAUGGUCAGAUCCGAAUAAAAUUCAUUUAAUAUUUAAUCAUUAUACAGGCACUUGGCCUUCUUAUCAUCGUACACUUGAUUUUAAUUUACCAUCUCAUUAUAUUCUUGCAUCAACUAGUUUGACAUAUAGUAAUUAUAAUUGUCUAUCACAUCUAACAUUUCCAUUGUUUCAUUCUAAUUAUUCAUUUUCCUCUUCUUCUUCUUCUUUACCUUCGCGUUCCAUACUUCUUUCAUUUAAAGGAAAAAGUUAUGAAGAUGUUCAACAUCAUCGUACAUUUUUUCGUCAUUUAAAUAAUAAUCACGAUAUUAUUAUCAAAUAUACAGAUCAUACAAAUACUUCCGAUGAUAAAAAUGAAUAUAUUCAACUUCUUCAACAAUCACAUUUUUGUCUUGUACCUAGUGGACGUCGUUUAUAUUCUUAUCGUCUCCUUGAAACAUUACAAUAUGGUUGUAUACCUGUUAUAACAACCAAUGACAAUGAGUUAAUUAUUCUUCCAUUUAGUGAAAUUAUUGAUUGGUCAAAAUCAGUGAUUAUCUAUUCAAAUGCAUCAUUAAGUUUAUUACCAUAUUAUUUAAAAAUGAUAAGUAAAACUCAACGAAAUGAUAUGCAAAAGCAAUGUUUAACUAUAUGGUUAGAAUAUUUUUCAUCAAUUCAACGUAUUGUUUUAACUGCACUUCAUAUCUUAAAUGAUCGUUUUAUAUCUUCCUUUUCUUCUCUUUCUAUUCAAUAUUAA